CUAAUUUUCUCUGCUACAGCUUUGAAAUGCUCGUGUUUUUUAUUAGGUUAGCGCUAUUCCCGAAUAUCUUUUUAAAUUAAAGGACCCUUAAAGUUUGAAAAGUGCAAUUUAAUGCCCGUUCUACAAUGAAACAGAAACGGAGACGGAUAUCAUGAAACAGAGUUUUACAAUAACACGGACACGGAUUAGCUGGGUAAUGCUGAUCUCUUCCGUGUAAGUUGCUCUGUUCGACUAAGUAUUAGGCCAUGUUUGUUUAUAAUCUAAAUACGUUAAAAAUUGUAAAAGAAUACCUUGUGUUUUAUUAUAACUUUGUCUUGUUAUUAUAUAGGUUACCCAAUUCUACCCGUGCUAUGAUCUCGAAGCGUAAUAUUAUAAUUAAAUUUAUAUUUCUUAACUUUGAAAUGUAAUCUCAUUGGUUGCCAUUUGUUACGUUUCCUUGCAUUGUGGAAAGAGCGGAUGCAAUAGUGAAGUGUUCCGGGAGAUUCGUCUCCGUUUGCGUGAUCUGUUUCCAUGCCAUUGUAGAACGAGCCUAAAGGAUACUGCCUGAGAGAAGAAAAUUGUGAUUGCUAGCCACUAGCUGAAACAGAGAACUUCAGAAUGAAGGAGAGUGGAAACACUAGCUUGGAGGCAGAUGCCUCUGCCUACAGCUGCAGUGAUUCAUUAAGUGAGGUGAAGUCCCAUUCCUCACAGGAACAAGUUUUGGUAGCCGAAGAUGAAGGUGACGAGCCAAUGGAGUUGCCAACAGAAAAUGACAACACGCUGCUUUUGUCUACGCUGGCAGCACAGUAUCCUGGAACAAGUGGCUUACGAUAUCGUAACCCACAAACAAAUGCAAUGAGGGGUAUUCGUUUAACCAAUGGAAAACUUUAUCCUCCAGAAAACGGAUGGGGAGAUUCAGUUUUUUACUGUGUUUUUCCUAAAGAAAACAAGCGCAAGUCCAGUGAUGACAUGGAUAACUCAUCAGCGAAAACAAAGCGCAUAGAGAUCCACCUGGCAUGUUCGGACUUGAUAGUUCUUGGGCUGCCGUACAAGAUAUCUGAGAAGCAGCUGAGAGAAUAUUUUGAGACUUUUGGAGAAGUUGUGAGGGCAAAGAUAAAAAGACAUUCCCCUUCAGGGCAGUCCAGAGGUUUUGGAAUUAUUCGAUUUAGAAAUUAUGAGUCCCAGGAUAAAGUGGUGUCCCAGAUCCACACAUUUGAUGGCUGCUCCUGUUACGUCAAAGUGUAUAAUGUCAAGGAAGGAGAUCUUUUGCACAAGGAAUCUCGCAAGGUGUUUGUUGGUGGCAUCACAGAAAACCUUGAAGGAGAUGACUUGCGAGACUACUUUUCAGCAUUUGGACCAGUGACCAAUGUCUUCAUCCCAAAGACAUUCCGAGGAUUUGCCUUUGUGACGUUCUUGGACCCUGAGGUGGCACAAAGCCUCUUAGGGGAGACCCACGUCAUCAAAGGCGUAACUGUACAAGUGAGUAGUGUGGCGCGCAAGUUUGAUGGGAACAGGCGACAGGGAAAGGGAGAGGUGGGGGGUAGGCAGGGCUCAAUGCAGGGCUCAGCGAUGCGGAACAUGCUAAAUGCCGGACCGGCAACCCAGAUGAUGGGAGGUAACAUGCCUUUUGGCAUGGGCACAGUCCCCUUGAACGCGGCACUGAUUGCAGCAGCGCUCAGCCAGGUCGGCUGGAAUCUCGCCAGUGGCCUGCAGGGAAACCUUGGUUUCACUGUUGGUAGUGGCGGUGGUGGUGGUGGUAGUAGUAGUAGUGGUGGGAGUGGUAUUGCCAGUCAGAGCACUGCCCCAAGUCAGGGAGGUCCACAGAGAGAAGAUAGUGGUCAUAGUAACGAGGUACAGAAGUCGGAAACGGGAGAAAUACAGACACUCGGCUGGAGUGCGAAUCAUACUAGUGGUUCUGAAUGUGAAAAUGUUGAAUCCCAGCAAUAAGAGAACAGUUUUCACACGUGGAUUGAUAUUAUUGAAAUUGUUUGAGCAUGACAAUAUUUGCAAGAAAGCUCUUGUGUUUUUAGCACCUGUUUUGGGGGGGUGUCAGCAAUGAACCUCUCAUGUGAAAAUGAUACAGCUUAAUAUGAAUGCAUGUUUACUUCCGUAUAGUUUGUUUGUAUUGCCUGUAUGUGUGAAGUUUUUGUAAUGUAUGGUCCUUAAUGAAGUGGGUGAGAAUUAGUGAAUGCAAUUUUCUGAAUGUGUUAGUUUGACAAGUGUAUGUGGUUUAUUUAUUUCUAAUAAAAGUAAAAUAAGUUUUCAAGUAGUACAUUUUUCAGUGUGAAAUGUUUUUGUCUUGUUUUUCAAUAAAUCUUUUAUCCGAUCCAUUUUUUUUUACAGUGGAUUGAUAGUGAAUGUUCUGCAUAAAUGACAGUCUGUGCAUGUUCAUUGGAAGUUUGUUUAACUUUUUUUUUUUUUAAAUUAAGAAAUUAUUUUAGACUGUAACAUGUGCACAAUCUCAUUACUUCUUGGGUAACUCUCGUUUAAGUUUCACACCAAUCUGCUUGCGGUACCAAUGGAGGUUGAGACUCACCCUUCUUAUAUGAAAAUAAUUGUGGUAUUGUUUGUGUGUUGAUGUAAAAAAAUAGAAUGAAAAUUUCUGGCAUUCUGUAAAUUAUAGUAAUGCUAAAGAGCAGAUGGUGGCAAUUCUGGUUUUUUUGAAACGGAAAGUAGGUAUAACCAAGCUACUGUUCUUUGUUAAAACGAAAUAGAUAACUGAACCAUACUGCUUCACUAUUCACGCAUCGGCUGUUAUUGUUUAUGAAUAGUUGUACUUUUCUUUAAAUGUUGAAUGUGUAUUGUGUAUUAUGUGAAUACGUUAGUGUAUGAAACUCAGCAUUAGUUGCUGACAUGUAUAUUUAUUGAUGUGACUUUUCAAACUAGUCACUCAUGAAUCUUAAGUUUGACAAAACUGCAGAUGCCAAACUACUUUGCUGGAAUGUGUAAAUAUGAUGUGUACAGAUUGAAUAGUAAUGUAAUGUGUGCUCUGAAUUUGGUGGUACAAUAAAAUUUGCAUAAAUGAA